UAUAAGUUCUCGAGAUUUCGGAUUACAUGACAUCGGUGUGCAUAAUUUAUCGUACAACGUACCUACGCUCCGCGAACAAUAAUAUUCGACAGAAAUGUGCACAAUAUUAUGUACGUCAAAUAUGUUUUUGUGGCAACGGAAACUCAGCUAUUGUAUAUUAUUAUAGUGGUGCAGCUGCAGCAUAAUUUAAUGAGCAAAUAUUUUACAAGCCCACGUUGUACACAUCAUAUACCUAGGCCUGUUGGCAUACGUUUACGGUUUACCGCCGGCUCGGGCCGAUCGAAAUAUUCACCGUCCCAUAUUAAACUUAUCGGAGUAAGUCAUAAUAUAGUGCACUUGAUGUCUGAACGUAUAUAUCAUAUGGCAAUCAAACAAAUAUUUUUCGAACACAUGACGCCAGCUACACAAAAAGAAAGAGGUUCUGUAUGGUCGAAGAUCAGCUUCUAAUUAUUGUAAACAUGGUUAAUGGUGAUAAUAAUAACUAAAUGCCAUUUAGGUAUUGAA